CAGCGCAUCUGUCCAUCUCCAGCGACUGUAAGGCAGCAAUUACGCAAAAACGAAACCAAAAGUUUAUUCCUUGCUCAUGGUUUCGUUUUGAAAGAAGACACCCUGGCUGCAGAGAGAUGCAGUCUACGACAACAGUAGUUGCUGAUGGAGUCUGACCAUGGAUGAUGAGCUUGACCCUGAUGGUGACAAUGUGAACUCCGUCUUGGCUCAGGAAUCCUCAGAACUGCUCACCAUCCUUAGCGGUCAGUCCCCUGCAGUCAUCAUGAGCUUGUACCAAAUGAUGCCCGGUGGCGCCAGGUGGGACAUCAACACAAACAGAACAGAACACAUCAAAGCCAUGUUGGAGUACUUCAGGCUGGCCAGCGCUGCAGAUUGCCGCAACUUCCUUCAGAGCAUGUGCAUGUUGUGUGAGAACAUCCCCAUGCACCUAGAGUCGAAGCUCAUGUCCCUGGCUGGAUAUGCAAACACUGAUGUUAUACACUCUCCUACUGCAGCACCAGUGCCUCUGAGAACCACAGAUGUUUGUGAAAAUUCCAAUCCCACUGUAACGGAUGUGAAGUCGCCCUCGCCGCCCUCAGAUUGGCAGCUCAGCAAAAGGCCACGGAUUGACCACUGGGAGCAGUACAUUGCUGCAGUAGCAGGUUUACUGCAGAGGAGGUGGGAGCGACUCAGUGAGCCCCUGGUGAAAGAGGUCCAGCUUGAGAAUGUGUGGGUCAGCCUAAGAACAGUGAACCGAGGCAGGGACAGACCGGAUCAAACCCCUGGAUCAGCAGACAGAGGAGGCAGAACACCAGAGCCGGAUGUGGAUUAUGGGUCUUUUGAGUCCAGAGUGACAUUGGAGACCUUCCUCCAGGGAUGUGCAGGAAAAGUGACAGUUCUUGUUGGCCAGUCUGGAUCAGGAAAAACUCUGCUGAUGUCUUGUUUAGGACAGCAGUGGGCAUGUGGACUAGGCCCUAUCCCUUCAUCCUACCUGUUUGUACUGCUAGAGUUUCGUCAGCUCAACUUAUUGUCCUGCCCUCUCUCCCUGUCUGAGUUGCUGUUCCGACAAUAUCUCCCUCCAGGGAGCGACCCCAAAAAGCAGAGAGCCAUUGUGGAUUACCUCCUUACCAAUCCAGAGCAAAUCUGUUGGGUUCUCGAUGGCUAUGAUGAGUUUCACAGAAAACUCACCAGACAAAAGAAAGAGCAGAGAGAGCUAUUGGACCCAGAAAAGCCUCUGCCUGUUGCAGACCUCAUCUCUGCGUUGUUAAAUCGCCAGCUUCUUCCAGGAUGUACUGUGGUGGUCACCUGUCGUGCUCGAGAUGUCAUUGAUUUGGAAGGCUUAUCAGAUAAAGUGGGGCAGCUGCUGGGGUGGGACUGCCAUGAGAUCAAGGAGUAUGUGCACAACUUCUUUGUAAAAGGUAACUCAGCCAGUGGAUCUCUUGGAGUGCAGGCAGCGGACCUCCUUCUUACCACGCGACACUUCCUUGCCAUGUCAUCCCUCCCUGCACUCUGCAACAUCUGCUGUAUCUGCCUGGAGCAUUUACUGGGAGGGAGAGACACAGGUGAAAAAGUGAGAGAAAAAGAAGAAAAAAGAGUACAGGUGGCAGGAGGAAGAGGAGAAGAGGACAGUAAAGGAGGGAAUCAUGCACAAACGGUACAUCAAGGAGGAAGAAGAAGAGGGAGUGAAGAUGUAACAAAUGGUAGAACCCAGCUACUUGCUACACAAGCCCAAAUACCCUCCACCCUUACACAGGUCUACCUCACUGUUAUUGGUGCAUUCCUGAGCCGUGACCCUGACAAAAGAGGAAGCAAUGACAUGCCAAAGACACCGCCACAGAGUACUGUGUAUAUGCUGAGUCAGUAUCGAUCUGAGCUGUGUGAGCUGAGUCAGCUGGCCUGGAAAGGCUUAGAGGAAGGCAAGAUCCUCUUCGUGGAAGAAGACAUUCCUCAGAAUGUUUUGACGUUUUCAAUCAGGACGGGACUCCUCUCACAGAUGGAGAUCAGACGUGAGGAUGGGACACCUGUCAACUCCUACUGCUUCAUUCAUCUAACGAUACAGGAGUUUUUGGCUGCGCUCAGGAUUAUGACCAGUCAGGAUGUUAGUGACACUCAGCUCAGGAAGAGAUUCAGUCUGAAAACUCGCUGGAUGACCAAGUCAGACCAGAGGACAGUUUUUACUGACUCCCUGUAUCUGUAUGUAUGUGGCCUGGCUUCCCCACACUGCACUCCAGCCUUAGUUCAAUUAGCCAGGACGUCUGGUGGAACAGGAAGCCAAAAUUGGGUCCAAAAACGACAAGCCCUCGUUCUGAAACUGCUGAAAAACCUGUGUCACAGCAACACUCUGACUGGACCAAAGAUAUUGGAGCUUUGCCAUUGUGUCCAAGAAAGCCAGGACCACCAACUGGCUGAGCAGGUUGUGCAUACAAGACCCAAUCUGGAGCUGCGUAACAUCCGGCUAUUACCUAAUGAUAUAGAUGCUCUGGCUUUUGUAGUUAACUCAGUAGGUGAUAGUGGUAUUGGGCUGGACUUUGGAGCAUGCUCAAUGGAGUUGGAGUGUUUAGAUGACCUUCCCAGGUGUCAGUACGUUCACUACCUCUGUUUUCGCAGCCGCAAGUAUGGCGACAAGUUUGCUGAGAAGUUGUCCUCCAUUUUGCCAAAAUUCACAACCCUGAGAAAGCUAGAGUUUUGUGGUGCCAGUCUCACUGCCACAGGAGCAGCUAGUUUGGCCUCUGCUCUACAGAACUGUCCAGACGUCACUGAAAUCAAUCUGAGUGACAACAAUCUGAAAGAUGCAGGGAUCGAACACAUAGCUGAUGUUUUUACCAAACUACCAGGACUGGUCUCGGUGCUGCUGGGUCGAAACAACAGCUCUCUGAAAGCAGUGGACUAUCUCAUCGGGAAGAUGUCUUCAUGUUUGAACAUCGAGCACAUUCACGCAGAUGGGAUGAAGGAAAUGACGGUAACUUUCUCCCAAAACUUCGAUUUGAACAGCCAUAAGUCUGAACCUACAAUCAGCUUGUUGAACCAGAAAUGGAGCACACCUGAGAUGCAAAUACUUGCAGAGUCAUUGGCACGUUGCCCUGCCUUGUCUGUCCUGGAUCUGUCUGGAGGCCAAUGGGAUGUGGAAACUCUAAGGACACUGACUCAGUUCUUGCCAAAGUUCAGUGUCACCAAAAAGAUCAUUCUGAACGACAGCUGCUCUUCAGUGGAGGGCUUGGUGAUUCUGACUGCUCUCCUGUCUGAAUGUCCGACUGUGAUGGAGCUUCAUAUCAGACUACAGAGUCCUAUUCAGGUCUCUAUAGUGUUCUCUGGAGGGAGAGAAAAACCUGCAGAUAAAAGAUCUAAACUGCUCUGUCUCAGCUGCUGUGGUCUGCAGCCUGCUGAUCUGGAGAAAGUGUGGAGGAGUUUGGGAACCUCACCUGAUCUCACUUUGCUGGAUCUGUCCAGUAACUGUUUAGGCAACAAAGGUCUGAGGAAACUGUUGGAGGUCCUGCCUCGGCUUAGUAUCAUCCAGGAGAUCAAUGCCAGGAACAACGAGAUCAGCAUGGAAGGAGUGGUGAUGCUGGCUGGUGCUUUGUGUUCCCAUAACAACUUAACACAAAUUCACAUCAGUGAUGGAGGCAGAGAGCAGCUGACCCUGAAGUUCUGCCCUGACAAAAGCGAUGACAAACAGCAGCUAAAGAUGUUCAGGAUAAACAACAGCAGCCUCCUGCCAAAUAAUAUGACCACACUAUGUAGAAGACUGGUCCAAUGUCGCUCCCAUUUGGAGUUAGAUUUGUCUCACAGCUCUCUGACAGACACAGCUAUUGAGAAUCUGCUGAAGGUCCUGCCGAAGAUGACGUCACUGCGGAGACUCAAUGUCAGCCACAGCAUCACGUCCACAGCUGAAGCACUGAUGUUGCUCAGUUGUUUGACUGUCAGUAAGCGAGCCACAUCAGUGGAGCUCAGGCCUCAGACUGAAGCCUUCCUCCAUUUUGAGAGUGUGAAAGCAGAACACGCCAGCUGCAGGUUAACUCAUUUUGACUUGAAGGGUGACAGCUUGGACAGAUUGCUCGAGAUCCUACAGCAGGGUCCUCCCCUGUCUGACCUGGAUUUAUCAAGUAACCGCCUGGCAGAUGAAGGAGUGAAGCGUUUCUUGGAUUCUCUACCGAACCUUAAAAUCACCAACUACGUCAUUUUGAGCAACAAUGACCUGACACAGCAGGGACUGUUGGAAGUGGCGAGCACGCUGUGUACAUGUGGUAACGUCUCUGGUGCAGAAGUGAGUUUGGCAGCAGAGGAGAGGUGUCUUAUCUGGUUUACCCAAUACGACGGCUGUGAAAAAACUCUGAGCAUCAGAGAGAGUAGUUUGGAACGUGGUCAUCUGGUCAGAUUAGCAGAGAUCGUGUCUGCCUGUCCCAGUCUGACCAAACUGGAAUUCAAGAACAAUUUGCUACAGUCGGAUUCGAUUGAAGACUUUGUGAAACUGUUGAACAGCAGCGAGAGAGGAAUCAGUGUCAGUUUUGAGGAGGGUUGGAUCAGAUCUGAGGAAGCUGUUAGUUUGGUGUGUCGCUGUCUGGAGCUCAACGGUAACAUAUACACCAUCAGAGUUCACCAAACCACGCUACACCUGUCUCUGAUGAAGUCCACUGAACUGACUUCAGUCAGCCUUGUGGACUGUGCAGUAGAGGGGCACCAACUUACAUCGAUGACAAGCAUUAUCCAGAAGUGUCCUUUACUGACAGAGCUAGAUAUUUCUCACAACAGCCUGGGUAUAGAGGGAGCUGAGUUCCUCUGUUCUGUUCUGCCUUUGCUGCCAAAUCUCAAGUCUCUUGGUAUUGGUUCCAAAGAGCCGUGUUUGACUGUGGUUCAGAAGCUCUCAGAGGCCUUGCUGCAGGCUACAGCCAUUCAGUGCCUAAAUCUGUCAGGUCAUGUGAUUGAUGACACAGCAGCUCAGAUUAUGACCACAGUGUUGCCCCGUCUACGGUUACUCGACCUGUCUCACUGUGCCUGGUCAGCGGCUGGAGGGCUGCAGCUCAUCAAAGCACUGGGAGAAUGUGUCAGUCUGGAGGGCCUUUGUCUGGACUCUUUGCAGCUGAAUGAGAAGAGCAUGAUGUGUCUAGCACAAGCACUAAAGAAUAUCAUCUCUAUUCGCAGUUUCAAGAUAAACAAGAUUUCCACAGCACCGGGGCAAUCAGGAGCAAAUGGUUUGUUAGAUCUCCUCACUGCCAUGGAGGGACUCACACGAAUGGAAGAGAUAGAGCUGGAGGGCUGGAGGAUGGCUGAUAGAGGAAUAGAGCAGCUGACCAGAGUCCUUCCUGUCUGGACGGAGCUCAGGAAGGUCAGUCUCCCCAAGAACCUUAUAGGCGAUGAAUCAGGAGACAAGCUACUGGAGGCUUUGAACAGCUGUAGUCACCUAGAAGAGCUCCAUAUGGCCACUAACAGUCUGGGUGAUCUCACUGCUGCAAGAAUGGCUCUUGUUCUACCAUCACUGACACGCAUCUCUGUGUUGGAUAUUUCAGAUAAUAGUAUUGGAUAUGAAGGGUCAGUGAGUCUGUCCAGAGCAAUAAUGUGCAUGAAGAACCUCACCAAGAUUCAUCUGACCUCUGUUGGGACUCCAGAGCUGUGUGCUGUAGCUGCUAGUCUCACCCACUGUCCGCUCAUACAGGAUGUGGGUCUGGGGUGGAAUAACUGUGAGGAUAAAGUGGCAGUGGAGUUGGCCAAAGUUAUCCCUUUCUGUCAGAAGCUGACCAGAAUAGAUCUGGAAUCAAACAAUGUGAGUGGGGUUGGAGCUGAGGCCCUGGUUAGAGCCUUAAAGUCGUGUCCUGCUCUGCAGCUCAUCAGGCUGUGGAGGAACAAAGUCCCACCUAGUGAAGCCCACAGGCUCAGUCUGAGAGACAGGAGGCUGAAUUUCUCUCCUACCUAAUGUGGAUGCAUUGUUGGACGGUGGCAGUGCGAAGCAAUAUUCCAGUUCAUGGGAAUCUGCAGAGAUGAAUGACUGCUUCAGUGGAGUUAAAAUGUGUUUUCCCUGCAGUAAGCCCAUCAGAAAUGCAUGACAGCAAAAGAGGUCCAUAUAAAAUGUUUUGCUUAAAAACCCAAUCAGUUGUGUAUCCAAUGACUGCAGCAGCUGGUGUCUAGUAUGAAGGGUUAGAAGACCACUCUGUGGUCCACUAUGUGGUCCACUAUGAGGGAGGACUCCUUCAGAUGUACAUUGUUUGAAUAUGUAGAAGUUAGUAUAGAGUUCUCAUCCCCUUUUGUAUUCCCCUAAAAUAUUUAGAUUUUUUUAAUCUCAAGAGCUGCUUGAGGAAGUGAUUGAGUACUUGAGUAUUUAAGUACAUAUGAAUGUUAAGGUAUUAUAUUUUGGAAAGCAAACAUCUGUUUUUAUGCUUAUAUAAAUUAAUGACUAUGCACUGACUGACCUCUAGUGUCGCGAUGGUGAACUGGCGUAUUGAGUGCAGCGGUGUUGCUGCACUCUUCACGGUGACACAGUAUCCCUUUUUCCAUGGUCUAUGAUUGGUAUGGCGAUCCUGACGUAGGUGUAUUAACACCCUAAUCUUAACUUACGUGUCACCAACUGUGACAGACAGCUGGCUGACAGGACACACAGACGGCCAUCCUUAUAUGGCUGCCUUUAUACUAAUCUAAUUAUAUGACAAAAAUGUCAUAAAGUCGCUGCUCAGUAACUGCAGUACAGCCGUGUUCCUAUAUGGUGAAUUCAAACUGAGAUAAAGUUGGAGUUGCUGUGGGAAUAUUCAAAAAUUAUCAAAAUAAGCAUCAAGAAUGAUUUUACAGCAUUCUUAAUCAAUAGAAUAAAUUUAUGAUUCAGAAAUUAACAUAACAUACAUAAAGUUCCCAUGUAUGCACCAGAAAUAGAUUUGGCGGAAUAACCACUGAAGAAACAAAACACUAAUUUGAGGUUGUCUGAGACACACUUCUUUAUUUUUCUAUUUUCUAUGUGUGUUUCUGUUGGCAGCUGUACGUAGGUCGUUCCAAACUGUACAUACUGUUCAGUAACACGAACAUUGAUAUCUUAUAAUGAUAUAGAGGGACAACCCACAGAGCACAUUCUUCAGGAUCAGCUGCACCUGUUCAGUCGCGUCACUGCUGUCUCCACUCAGUCCGCCACCCUUCAGCGCCAUUGACCUAGAGGCCAUGUUGUGAAGGAUUCCUUGGUUUCCAACAAGGUUUCCUGAAGAUGAGUUGCUGUGUGUAUGCAGACUUGGACACUCUGUCACUUUACACUGUAGACUGUAGCACUGUCUUUAGUAGAGGCCACAUAUGCGAAAACACAAUAAAUCAUGAACUCACAGUGAAUGAAGAGUUCAGAGGGAGAAGCCCCCCCCCUCCUCUCUGACAUUUGCUCUUAUGCUCAGUUUAGGUUGUGGUCUCUAUCCAAUAUGCGUAUUUAUUUCUGCUGUUUCUUUUUUUUAUUUUUUUAGUUCUGUAUUUAUCUGUUAUUCAAAAGUUUGAAGUUUCUAUAUGACUAAAUUAUAGGUGAUAAUAAUUAAUUAGAUAGAACAAGACAUAAUUGUGUAUGUGUCAUGGCAGAAAUGGGGAAUCGCUACAAUGAGACAAUUACAGAUCAGUCUCACCACUGUCGUCUUUAGUUUCUGUUGUGCUGAUAAUGUUUAAAUUAGGUACUCAUUCAGAAAUGGGGACCUUGUUUUUUCUCUCGUUCUUUUAUGUUUUAUUGUUUUUUAAGUUUUCUAGUUCAUUCAGUUUCAUUUUAAUUUCUACAGACACUGGAUUUUAUUUAACACAGAGAUAUUCUGCGCUAUCUGCUUCAAGUGGUUUAGCUUUUUAAUGUUUGUAUCCAGGUUGAAGUGUCAGUUCUCACAUGACAAACUGCUUUUAUCAUUAACAUUCAUUCAUUCUGAAAUGCACUGACAUGUCUAUUGACAAUAAAAAUAAAUAAAAUAAUGAAAGACUA